AUGUUGAACAAAGAGGAAAUCGACCUUGUAUCGCUCUUCAGAGGCUAUGCUUCUCUUCACCCAGAAACCAUUGCUAUUGAAGAUUGUACGAAUUUCCUCACAGACCCACCUAGAAUGACAUAUGGAGAGUUGGACGAAUGCUCGAGCAUCUUUGCUCAAGAGUUGAAGCAGAAUGGGGUUCGACCUGGAGAUGUCAUUCCUUUAUUGUCCCAACGCAGUCCUGAGGCAAUUGUCGCCAUUUUAGCCAUCCUGAAAUGUGAAGCCUGCUAUGUACCUAUGGACGCAGAAUCCUGGGCACAUGAUCGAAUCCAGAUAACACUACAACAAAUACAACCACAUAUUAUCAUCUCGACGAAUUCAGCGCAAUCCAACUUUCAACUCAAGCCCUGGAAGGUACUGGAAAUGUCAUCGUGGAAGGCAAUGUUAGCCUCCGGCUUCAUCAUUAAGCACCAGAGCAAUAUCUGGCAAGCUAUUGCCCCACCGGUAUUAAGUCUUGAUCGGUUGGCGUACAUAAUCUUUACCUCCGGCACAACAGGCAUGCCGAAGGGGGUGAUGGUGUCAAUGCGAUCGAUCACGGCGUAUUGCAGGGAAUGUGAUCCGGACCUUCCUUUCAAUCUCAGUUUUAACACCAUUUCCCGAGUCUUAUGCGUGGUAUCGAUUGCGUUUGAUGCAUGCGUUGGGAUCAUCUUCAGUACUAUAACCAGCGGCGGCACAUUGAUUUUGGCCAAUCCGGCAACCUUCGCAGCGUCUGCCAAACAAUGCACCGUUCUUCCCCUCACGCCUAGCAUUUUAUCCACUCUAGAUCCAGAAGGGCUGGAUAACAUUAGAUCCAUCUAUCUGGGCGGCGAAUCUCCUUCACCUUCGUUGAUCCAAGCCUGGUCUCGACCAUGGCGUCGCAUAUUCAACGCUUACGGCCCUACUGAGACCACUUGCGCUACUUUGCUGGGUGAACUGUUCCCAGAAGGUCCAAUUACCGUCGGCUGGCCAAUUUGGUACAGUAAGAUUAUCCUGGUCAAUCUCGACGGAGAGUGUACAGAUGAGGAGGGCGAGAUGUAUGUGGGAGGUGCAGGUCUUGCUGUCGGAUAUUUUGGCAAUGACGAAGCAACAAACAAAAGCUUCGUCAUGCACAAUGGAGAACGAUUUUACCGAACUGGAGAUCUGGCACGUCUGACCUGCGAUGGAUACGUCUUUAGGGGACGUAUGGACAGUAUGGUCAAAAACCGUGGUUUUCUGAUUAACCUGGAGGCCGAGGUAGAACCCGCAAUUCUUAGCAUCCCCGAAACUACUGGCGCAGUGGCGAUGAAGAUCGAGAACUCCCUAGUUGCCUUUAUUACACCAAGGGUUGAUAUAAGCACUGUGAGACAGUACCUCAGCGCGAACCUUUCGACAUUCCUCGUACCCGACACCAUUUAUGCGUUGGACGAAUUCCCCCAAACUGCCAACGGCAAGUGUGAUCGCAAAUCCCUGCUGUCACUUCAUCAAGCAGAGGCAAAAAAAUUAAUCUCCGAGACCACGAUGUCAUCUUCAAACGGUCAUCUAACCCCCAUAGACGCAGUCAAAAAGGCUUUCGCCAUCGUUCUACGCCUACCGGAGGAUUCUGUUCACCCAAAGACUUCCUUUCUACAGAAAGGGGGACAUUCUCUGAGUGCAGUGCGCUUUGUUUCUAUACUGCGCAAACUGGGGUAUGUGACAUCGGUCAACGAACUUCUAGCCAAAGAUAGUGUAGGCACAGUCGCGGAAACUGUCGCCUCGAUCGCACCGAGUACCCCCGCUCGUGCAUCGUCUGCGAUCCAAAACAAUGCUCCUAUGACGGACCUUCAGCAACGUAUGGUGCGGGCCACUACACAGUCUCCUACAUUGCAUUAUAUCAAGAUCGGAAUGACAUUUGAACAUCCGGGCACGUCGUCGAUUUGCACACCUCUGCGUCAUGCAUGGGAAACUAUAUACCGGGAGCAUGAGAUACUUCGAACGAGCUGGAAUCUCUCAGUCGAAAAUGGGGUCCAUGUCAUCUCUGACAAUGUAUCUCUCAACUGGGAGGAGAUCAUUGUUUCUAGAGAGCUCUGGAGUAGUGUAUGCGCUGAGGCGAUCGACAUAAAUCAGUGCCGUGACACACUGUCAUCGUUCCGUCUUAUCACCCAUCCCGGACACUGCACUCGCCUAGUAUGGACGGUCCAUCAUAGCCUGAUUGACGGCUGGUCAGCAGGACGGCUACUGGGAGAUUUAAAUACUCUAAUCAAUAAAAGGCGACUACCACAGACGUAUCCUCAAUUCGGUGAAGCUGCGCGACUCAUGAAACAGCUGGCUCACGAAUCAGAAAAGCAAGCAUCUCGGUACUGGCGGUCCAUCGUCGGAGAUUAUCUCCCCUUCAAGAAAAUUCUGCUUUCUUCUCCUCCCAUUGCUUUGAGCAGCAAGGUGGCUACCCACGCCGACGUACACGAGUCGCUUGGCAUCUCCGUCUCUGCGCUGGAGGACGCGGCGAAGAUUUUCGGUGUUACAUCCUCGACCAUAUUGUACGCUGCUUGGGCACUUCUGCUCUCGCGAUACUGUGACUCAGACAAAGUAGCUCUUGGGGCAGUGAUUGCCCAAAGAGCCCUACCUAUUGAUGGUAUUGAGAGCAUUGUGGGGCCACUGAUCAACACACUCCCUCUAUGCGUCGACACCGACAAGAGCACUGUGGGUCAUUUACUGAAGACCGUCUCACAGACAUUGCGUGAACUAUUGGACGUACAAUACUCUACCCACUCAUUGAUAUAUGAAGCAACGGGCAUCAAGAGCAGUGACUUGUUUGAAACUGUCCUAGCUAUCCAAUACGGUUUCCCUGCUUUCAGUUCCACGGACGAGGGCGAGAUAGUCGCAUCAGAGAUUGAGUUUCGCGAGUCGACCGAGUUACCUUUAACUAUGUUGGUUGGCGAGAGCAAUGGUAUUGUCGAAACGAAACUCUUCUAUUCCUGUCAGGUUUACGACUCCAACCAGGCGACUGAUAUUGUUUUACAAUUCCACAGCCUCAUCCACGCCAUCGUUCGCGCCGAAGCCCAGACCUCACUUGACAGGGUCCACUCGCGUAUUUUCGACAGAUGUAUUGGGCUAAAUGCUCUACAGCAGGAGUCUUCAUGGGACAUGAAUGGUACGAUGAAUGUUGAGGAUGUGGCUUUUGCUGGCCCCCGUACAGUUCAAAUGGCGAUUCAAGAGUCUAUGGGCUGCUUUCCGGAUCUCUGUGCCGUAUCCACCGAUUCAAGAUCCUUGUCCUACCGAGAACUGAGCGGUUUCUUGGGUGUCGUGUCUUCGCGGAUCAAUGAAGUUACCCAGCGAGGAGACGUUAUUUGCGUCAUCAGUGACGGGACCAUCGAAUGGCUCGUGGCAAUACUGGCGGUUAUCCAAUCCGGCUGCACAUACUGUCCAGUUGACGUGAAGCUUCCUCGGGCGCGGCAGCAUUACAUGAUCGAAUCAGCCUCCGCCAAGGUGGUUCUGUUCCCACGAGCCAACAUGCAGACAGGAUAUGGCUUUCUUGGGGAUGUCAAGGCGUUGGAUCGGAGCCAGGAUUAUCGUAAAGUUCAGGAUAACGACAUCGCGGCGAUAAUCUUCACUUCAGGAAGCAAGGGCGUCCCCAAAGCGGUGCAGCUGGCCCAUAAGAGCAUCAUGUCCCUGCUUUCCUGUCCGGAGGGCCGGCUGUACUCUAAGCCUGGGUGGCGCAUCGCGCAGACACUGUCGCUAGGGUUCGAUUGUUGCGUGCUGGAGGUCCUCUCUGCCAUCUGCUUUGGCGGAACACUGGUAUUGAAGGAUGUCAAUGACCCACUCACUCAUCUGAAAAAGGUUGAUUCGAUGGUUUCAACGCCUUCUCUUCUUGCAACGCUAGAGCCCGAAGAAUCUAGAAACCUACGGGUAGUCUUUCUCCUGGGAGAGGCACUCCACCAAAACCUGCUUGACAAAUGGCGUCCGGGUCGAGUGGUUCACAACUGCUAUGGCCCGGCUGAAUGUACUUUAUUUGCCACUUACAAGCGCUUCGACGAUGCAGCGCACGAGCAAGUAAGCAUUGGCAGGCCUACGCCCCGGACCCGCAUCUACAUCCUUGACAAGAAGCAACGGCCUGUGCCAGUUGGAGUCAAAGGUGAGAUCUACAUCUCUGGAAUUCAAGUUAGUCCUGGAUAUCGGAACAAUGCUGUUCAAACCGCAUCAGCGUUUUUACCUGAUCUGCAUGUUGGGGAAUCACAGAAGAUGUUUAAGACUGGCGACAUGGGCCGUCUUAUGCGUGAUGGAAAUAUUGAGUACAUUGGCCGAGAAGACGACCUGUUCAAAAUCCGCGGAUUUCGGGUUGACCUGGGAGAUAUCGAAGCCUCAAUUUUGGCCGUCGCUCCCGAUUUGGACAACAUUGCGGUCGUCGUGGCCCCUUCGGCCGAUUUUCUCAUUGCGUUUGUCACCCCAAUGUCCGUCAACACUACGACCUUGCAGGACAAAAUAAAAGAGUCUCUUCCGGCCCAUAUGGUUCCCGCACAUAUAUUGGCCCUUCCUGAACUACCACUGUCACCUAAUCACAAGGUUGACCGGAAAAAGCUGGCAGGUACAGAAAUCUCUCUCGUACGCGCGACUGAGCCCCUGAAGACGCCAAUGGAGAGAUUCAUCGCAGAGAUCUGGCGUGAGCUGCUCGGAAAAUCCCCAUUGACAGAGCAGAUAAGUGCUUCUGAUCACUUCCUCACAAUGGGUGGUCACUCCCUGCUGCAAAUCCGUGUGGCACAGCGCCUUAGUCAAGCACUGAACAUUCCAUUUCCUUUGCGAUUGGUCAUUCAGCAUCCGAUCUUGAAGGAAUUGAGUCAAGCAAUUGCCAAGGAAGUUCUCGCUCAGAGCGUGUGCAGUUCACGCAGCAGCUUCCGUUUGUUGGAGCCUGUCUCCCGAACAGGAGACCUACCUGUGUCGUUCCUGGAAGAAGAGUUUCUAAUCAACGACCUCCUCUCAGGGUCCUCCCCGGCGUUAAACAUCCUCUUCGCGACCGAGUUCCAGACCAGCAUCAAUACUACCAUACUAGACCAAGCUUUCAGAGAAUCUGUUCAGGAGCGUGAAGUCUUCCUCUCGCGCUAUAAACAAGUCCAGGGCAAAUUCGUCAGAAGCCUCGUCUACACACCAUCUUCCCUCCGCCAGUUUUCAAACACUGAGCUGUCUAUUGACGAAUUCCUGGAAACUGCCCGAAACUAUCGGUUGGAUCUGGCCAAUGAGCAGCCCGUUCAAGCUCUUCUAUAUCAACAGUCCCCUACAAAAUCCACUCUCGUGAUCCUGAUGUCCCAUCUAGUCGGCGACGCCAUCACGAUGAAUUUGUUCCUCAACAGUCUCGCCGCCCGCUUACAAGCCUUGUCCAGACAAGACCACACCGACACAGGCCGUCUUUCCGCUGACCUCCAACAGACACACACCUACAUAGACUGGGCCGCAUGGUCUGCCACACAGCAAUACCUCUCAGCUGAGGCCUUAUCUUUCUGGAAGACCUACCUCGACCAUCCACCUCUCCAAACCGGCUUGAACCAGUCCCAUCGACCAAGAUCCUACACCGGCGGGGCCAAGUCUUGGACCCUUCCGUCCUCCCUCUCCAACUCCCUCCAACACCUCUGCGCCGAUCUAUCGUUGAGCCCGCAUCAACUCAUGCUCGCCGCUGUUACGCUUGCCACGCAAGCCCUCCAACCCAGUCAGGACAUCGUUAUGAUGGCCCCGUACUCCCUCCGCACUGAGCCUCUCACCGAGGAGCUCGCCGGCUGUCUGCUGGACCGCGUGCCCAUUCGCGUGAAAUGGGACCGACAACAAUCGUUACUCGAGCUUCUGCGAGCGGUCCAACAGUCCUCGCAGACGGCGAUCGCACACGCCGUUCCCUACGCGUCGCUGUGCAAGGCCCUGCACCUUCCCCCGUCCCUCACAAAUUCCCUGGCAGAGAUCAUGGUCACCUUUCACCCUGCCAGCAGCGAUGAGACCCGACGCUCCUUUGGCCAGCCAUUCAACCUUCGUCCGUCCGGCGCAAAAUUUCCCGUCCUGUUCGAAUUUUUCCAACAGUCCCCGGAUGAAACAAUCACCGUCUUAUUUGAGCACGACGACGCGCUCCUCAGCGGCGAUGACAGUGAGGCCCUGAUGUCCGCAUUCCAGCUGGUCUUGCAGCUCAUCGCUCAACACCAAACGGUCCACGAUAUUGUGGAUACGGUGUGCCGUGAGGCGCGUAUACUUGCAAAACACCCGAAUGGGCCUGUGGACGGUCAAUUUUUAGAGCCCUGUAAUAAUGAGUCUGAUGUGGAAACUAUACGGGAGGCGUUCGCGACAUGUCUUGGUGUGACGUUGGGAGAUGUGAGCUCGGAUAUUUCGCUUUUUGAUGACCUGGGUGGAUCUUCGUCUGAUGCGGUCCGACUUGUGUGGUUAUUGAAGGAGAAAGGCGUCUUUGGGAUGGAUUUGCGGAAGGUGUUGUUGGCCAGGACGCCCGCAGCGCUUGCGAGGCUAGCCAAGUUUAAUGAAUAG